AUGGCUGGUGCAUCCGGCGGUCAGCUUGCAGGUGCCGUCUCUUCUGCCGGUGGAUUCGGCUUCAUCGGCGCAGGCUACCUCACACCAACCACGCUCCAGUCUGAGGUGGAAAAAGCAUACCAGCAGCUGUCGGUCUCUCACGCCGACUUGCUUUCUCGUCGCAAGAGGGCGGAUUUCGGUAUCGGCAUCCUCGUGUGGAGGCUCACUGAGCUCAACGAUGGCAAGAAGCCAGAUCAAGCGAAACCGAAUCAAACUGUAACCGACUUUCUGGAUGUGAUCAUCAAGGCUCGACCAGGUGCGAUCUGGCUCAGUUUCGGUGACGAACAGGAGCUCAUCGGAUGGCAGAAACUCAUCGCCGAGCUGGACGAGCAGCGCAACAGCGAUCUUGCUGGCAAUGCAGAGCAAGCCAUCAAGUGGUUCGUCAUGAUCGGAAGGGAACAAGAGCUGCAGGUAGCAGUGGAAAAGUGUCGCUGCGAUGUGCUUAUCGUCCAAGGAUGCGAGGCGGGAGGUCAUGGACACUCGCAAGCACCCCCCUUGUCGGCGUUGCUCGCGGAUGUUCUCAAGCGAUUGCCGCUGCUGAAGCCAAACAACGCGUCAGGAUCCACACCACCAGUGCUGGGAGCUGGUGGCCUCGCUGACGGCCGCUCGCUGGCCUCGCUUCUCGCUGCGGGCUGUGCAGGGGGUGUCUAUGGAACGCGAUUCGUCAUCACCCCCGAAUCCACUUACUCUGAUGUGCAAAAGGAGGAGCUGGUCAAAGCGAAAAGCUCCGCAACACUGCGCACGUUCGCCUUUGAUGAUGCGCGCGGGACCCUUGGCUGGCCAAAUGGUACCGAUGGCCGAGGACUGCGGAACAAGACGGUGGAAGAGUACGAGCACGAUCUACAGGAGCAGGUCAAGGCAGGUAAGGAAGACGCAGAGGGUGCAAAACGCAGGAUGGAGCGAUACAAGCAGGCUGCCAAGGAGGACGAUACGGAUCGAAUCGUCAUCUGGGCAGGUACGGGCGUCGGUGCGAUGGAUGCGAUCGUGCCGGCAAAGCAGGUGGUGCAAGAUAUCACAAGGGAGGCGAUCGAUGCGCUUUCAGCCGUUCACGGCUAUGUUCAAUGA